CCAAAGGCCUUUAGUUUAUACGUCGCCGUGAAAUAGAACAGUUCGCAAUGAGUUUAGCGGGAAAAGUUGUUAUUGUAACCGGCGCUAGUUCAGGUAUUGGUGCAGCAACCGCAGUAGAGUUCGCCAAACAAGGCGCUAAAGUCGUACUAGUUGGACGGAAUGAGACAAAUCUAAAAGCCACUGAAGUAUCCUGCAAGGCAGCCAACAACAAAGCUGAGUUACUACCCAUCAUUGCUGACGUCACUGUGGAUGCGGAGCGCAUUAUAAAAACCACAGUUGAGAAGUUUGGCAAAUUGGAUGUUUUAGUUAAUAAUGCUGGUUACGGCGAAGCCGGUAAUAUUCUGGAUAUUGACGUUGAUCAAUUCGAUCGUGUAAUGAAUACAAACUUACGUUCGGUUUUCCUUCUAACCAAACUUGCUGCGCCACAUCUCAUCAAGACUCAAGGUAGUAUUGUGAAUGUCUCCAGCGUCGCUGGUUUACGUUCAUUCCCUGGUGUUUCCGUCUAUUGCACUUCCAAGGCUGCUCUUGAUCAAUUCACACGUUGUAUUGCCCUGGAUUUGGCGCCUCAUAAAGUGCGUGUGAAUGUCGUUAAUCCUGGUGUUAUCAUCACUGACUUCCAAAGACGCUUGGGCAUGACGGAGGAGGAGUAUGCUCAAUAUUUGGUACGUUGUAAGGAAACUCACGCUCUCGGCCGUGUUGGUGAGGCGAAGGAAGUGGCCGAUGCCAUUCUUUUCUUGGCCAGCGAUAAGUCCAGUUUUAUAACGGGUGCCAGUCUGCCCAUUGAUGGUGGCAAACAUGCUAUGUGUCCACGUUAAAAAUAAAUAGAAUUACAGAUUUUGUAUAUUGAUGUCAAUAAAAUUUUAUUGUGAUUAAAA